UAGAAAACGUCGCAUAUUUCUGUACUCGGGCGCGUCAGUCGCUUACCGGGCUCAUCCGGUCUCCACCGCUCGCAUCCUUCCCACUGUGUUGGCAGCAGGCCAUGGCUUCCACAAAGCAGUAUCAGAUUCCGCACACACCGCGCGUUAUAUCCCCAUCGCCGACUCCCUCUGAGCUCAGCGGCACAGAUGGUUAUUUUGGUCCCAUAACGCGCUCGGCAGCGCGCAAAAACAGACGUCCGCCUUCACCCCCGCGCAUCGAUGAGGAUUCUUCUGGCUCCGAUCCCGAGAAGAGGGCAAGGGCUAGGAGUCGGAGCCCCUUCGAGGGGAGGAGACGGCGCAUGAGUGGUCUGACAACAGUGAAGAAGACAGGGAGUGGGAAAAAGGCAGAACUCACGCUACCAAAUGGCACUGUCAACGGGCACUUGUCGCCCGCCGCGGCGAACAAGAAUUACUGGCGAGAGAUGAGCAGGAGUCCAAGUCCGCUGGGCCUUAUUCCAAUCCAUCAGAAAUGGAGGUCAUUUAUCCAUCGUCACGAGAUACCCCGCAAGAUUCUUCAUGUCUCUAUCGGCUUCCUCACAAUCUUCUUGUACUGCACCGGUCGACAGCCUUCGCAAAUUCACCCCGUGCUCCUCGGCCUGCUCAUCCCUAUCGCGGCCACCGACGUCAUCCGACAUCGCUAUCACUCAGUCAAUCGCUUCUACAUUCGCUGUCUCGGCGCUCUUAUGCGCGAAUCUGAAGUCGAUGGCUGGAAUGGAGUUAUAUCAUACCUUCUCGGUGCAUGGAUUGUUGUCUGCUUCUGUCCUAAAGAUGUCGGUGUCAUGAGCGUGAUGCUGCUCAGUUGGUGUGAUACGGCGGCCUCUACCUUUGGCCGACUCUGGGGCCACCGGACCUGGCGUGUACGACGCGGUAAAUCCCUCGCUGGGACCAUCGCAGCCUGCAUUACUGGUAUCAUCACGGCGGGCAUGUUUUGGGGUUGGCUAGCGCCGCUCAUGUCCGCCAACGACCAAGGGGAAAAUGCAUUCGCAUUUCAGGGUGUUCUUGCGCUUCCUUACACGGCUCGCGAGGCUAUUGGCCUGUCUCUCUCGCAAAGCUCAAUUACGGGUUAUCUCGCAUUGGGUGCCAUGUCUGUUUGGGCUGGCGUCGUGGCUAGCUCCAGCGAGGCCAUUGAUCUUUUUGGCUGGGAUGACAAUCUGACGAUCCCAGUUUUGUGUGGGGCGGGGCUUUGGAGUUUCCUGAGGAUUUUUGGUUGAACCAACAUCACUCCCUACUUUUCUUCUUAUUCCCAUUCUCCUGCAUCUUCCU